AUGCUGAAGCGUAAAUCUAUUGACAAAUGUGUAGCAGUGCAGUCGCAGAGAUGCAGCAGAGGGGCUUGGGAUAAAAUACUUUCAGAUCCUCGAAUGGUAUCCGUUAAUUCCCCUCAGGGCAUUCUGAACUUGGGAACAAGCGAGAACAAACUUUGCUUCGAUUUAAUAGAGGAGAGACUCGCAAGACCUGACAUGAAUUACCUGGAGCCUGAGCUUUUCCACUAUUCCGAUACACAAGGUACUAAAAGCUUCAGAGAAGAAAUUGCCAAAUUUCUAACAGACUACGCUAGAGCUGCAGAAGCACUGAAUCCAGACCAUAUCACUGUUAUGAGCGGCUGUUGUGCUGUUUUUGCUACCCUGUCAACUGUAUUAUGUGACCCUGGUGAUGGCUAUCUUAUUCCAACUCCAUACUAUGGUGGUAUAAAUUCGAAAACAUGGCUAUACGGUGGAAUACAACCUGUUCACGUGCCCUUGUCUAGUGAGGUGACAGAUGAAGAAAGUCACCCUUUCCAGUUAACAGUUGAAAAACUGGAAGCUGCACUACAGAGAGCUAAAAAACAGGGUAUCCGAGUCAGAGCAUUAAUCCUGAUCAACCCUCACAAUCCGUUAGGGGACGUUUACCCAGCACAGUUACUGAAAGAGUGUUUGAAAUUUUAAAUACGAUAUGAAUUGCAUGUAAUCAUGGAUGAAAUAUACAUGCUGUCUGUGUAUGGUGACAGCACCUUCACCAGUGUUCUUAGCUUAGAGCGUGUACCAGAUCCAGAACGGACACAUUUUAUGUGGGGUUUUAGCAAGGAUUUUGGUAUGAGUGGUAUCAGAGUUGGAGUGCUGUAUACCAGAAAUCAUGAAAUUCGGAAAGCUGUGAAUCAGUUGGCUGUCUUCCAUGGCUGUCCUGGACCAGUUCAGCAUGUUCUCAGUCAAUUCAUUAGUGACAGAGAUUGGUUGGAUAACGUGUUUUUUCCCACCAACAAAAAGCGACUUAAAGAAGCACAGAAUAUUCUUGUGAAUGGACUUGCAGAUGUUGGAAUACCCGUGCUCAAAAGUUCAGGAGGACUAUAUGUGUGGGCAGACUUCAGAAAAUUCUUAAAAUCACAGACAUUUGAAGCUGAACUUGAAUUAUGGCAGAAGCUCCUCGAUGAAAAACUCCUCAUUAGUCCUGGAAAAGCUUUUUACUGUUACGAGCCUGGAUGGUUUAGACUGGUUUUCUCUGAUUCUGUCGAUAAGAUUUACCUGUGUAUUCAGAGACUGGAGCAAAUGCUGCAUGCUGGCGCGGCUGAACCAGCUGCAAACAACGCGUCUUCUACUGCAGAUGCUUUACGCACUCUAGAAGAAGGUUCUUCAGGCGACCCUUCAAACACACCAGGAGAUGAUGUCUCCCAGCUAAAAAAUAUACGUCUUUAUUAUAAUCAUAUAUGCACUUAAUGACACACUUUAGCAUGCUUAUGUUUACUAUGGGAGUGUAUGACCAGUAUUUUUGGCUGUAAUGAUGCGUAAGUCUCACUUUGCUGUGACCUGGCAUUACUAAAUUUGCAAGUGGGGCUGCUAAAAUUGAAUUUUAGGAAACUGGGCAUCAUGGAUAUUCUGACGUUAGCACCUGUUCAGCACAGUACUCUGUUUCACUCAACUUCAAGUGUACUAAGUGUCAGUAAAAUCAGUGUCUUAUAUGUAUGCUCGUACAGUUGUUGAAUUACGAAAUUUUGAACACUUUGGUAAAAAAAGUUGUGCAUAUUAUUAUAUAUUGCAGACUCUCUAUUUUAAUCAGAAGCCUGAAAGUACUGAUUUGCUGUUGAUAAUCAAAUUUUGCUAUUUUUUUUUUUAGCUGGCAAAAAGGUUUUAUGUAUUCGUGGGAUCUCUUUAAGCAGUUCGAACGUUACACGCAUCUUUCUGAAUAUGCAUACUAAGUGAGUACUUUCUAAGAAAGCAUUUAGCUGAUUGGCUUUCAUGAUCCCUUUCAGAUUUUUUUUUUGUCUGCCCAAAUUCACUGCAAAAUAUCAGCAGUUUGGACCAGUUUCAUACACUGAAUAUAA